AUGGCUCGCAAUAGUGUAAUGAAGAUGAUUAUUGAUGACUCUGAUUCUGAUAGUGAAUUAGAGAUAUUUGCAAUAGCUGCUUCAGAACAAGAGCAACUAAAUAAUCAGAAACAAUUGGGAUUACGUCGUAGCUCCAUUCAAGGUCAUGCAGUUAUUUAUCGUAAUCAAAUUCAAAGCCACAAGAGACUUUACCAAAAUUACUUCUCUAAAACGCCUAUAUAUCCUCCCAAUUUAUUCAAAAGGAGGUUCCGGAUGAGUCGAUGUCUCUUUCUUCGUAUUUUAUCUAUGGUGGAAGCAUAUGAUCCUUAUUUUGUCCAAAAACAAGAUGCUAUUGGAGUUCUUGGUCUGUCUUUCUUUCAAAAGAUGACAGUUGUUAUGAGGAUGCUCACUUAUGGAGUAGCGGCAGAUUCUGUAGAUGAUUAUGUGAGGAUUAGAGAAAAUACUACAAUAGAAAGUCUACAAAGGUUUGUUGAGGCAGUGGUUGCAAUUUUUUCAAAUGUGUACUUGAGGAUGCCAAACAAAGAUGACAUUGCUAUAUUACUAGAGGUGGAAAAAAAUCGUGGGUUUCUUGGAAUGUUGGGGAGUAUUGACUGGCGUGCUCCCCAAGUUAAUUACUCAAUCAAUGAAAAUGACUAUACAAUGAGAUAUUAUCUCGCUGAUGGUGUACAUCCUCAAUGGUUAACAUUCGUUAAAACAAUCCUAUCUUCACCAAGCAAUAAGCAAAUACAUUUUGCUAAAGCUCAAGAGUCAACAAGGAAAGAUGUCGAACGAGCAUUUAGAGUGCUCCAAGCAUAUUUUGCAAUUGUGUGA